UCGCACGGUAAAGCUCAUUGGGUACAAUUUGGAAAAUAUUUGGGAUCUAUUCCUAAAAACACUCGAUUUCUCCUUUUCAAACUGGGAAUACAUCAGAAAUAAACAUCAUUCUAAAGACAAAACAAACAAUAAAAACAUGGAAUUUCAAGUUGGAUGGCCAAAAUUGAUCAAGAUGGGUGCCAAGUUGGUGGGCCACAAGCUGCAGCAGUAUCGCCUGUCCACAGGUAACACCCUCGUGCUGGACACUAAGUUCGGCCAGGUGCGAGGACUCCAGAGGAAGACUGUGUACGACGGGGAGUUGUACUUCGCCUUCGAGGGAAUACCAUACGCAAAGCCACCGGUGGGAGAGCUCCGGUUCCGUGCCCCCCAGCCGCCGGAGCCAUGGCAGGGAGUCCUGGACUGCACAACCUACCGGGCAAAGCCCUUGCAACGCAACAUUCUUCUCAGUAUCGUGGAAGGCAGCGAGGACUGUUUGCACCUUAAUAUCUACGUGAAGGACCUUGAAACGAAAGAGCCCCUGCCUGUUAUUGUUUGGAUAUACGGUGGGGGUUUUCAGAAGGGCGAGGCCUCAAGGGACAUAUACAGUCCAGACUACUUCAUGAAGCAGCCAGUGGUCUUUGUCUGCAUCAACUACCGACUGGGUGCCUUGGGCUUCCUUAGCCUUAAGGAUCCUCAGCUGGACGUCCCUGGUAACGCUGGACUUAAGGAUCAGGUUCAAGCUUUACGUUGGAUCAGCCAGAACAUUGCCAACUUUAAUGGUGAUCCCAACAACAUCACCAUCAUGGGGGAGAGUGCCGGAGCUGCUUCCGUCCACGUAAUGAUGACCACGGAGCAGACGCGUGGGCUUUUCCACAAGGCCAUCAUGCAAUCCGGAUGUGCCCUGAGUGAAUGGGCGGACAGUCCGGAUCGCAAGUGGGCCUUCCGGCUGGCCCGGGGCAUGGGCUAUAAGGGCAGCGAAAAGGAUGCCGACGUGCUGAGUUUCCUGAACAAAGCUUCCGGCCGACAGAUAGCGAAUAUCGACCAAGACAUUAUUACGCAGGACGAGAUGCGAAACUUUACUCUCUUUGCUUUCGGUCCUGUGGUAGAACCCUACGAGAGCGAUCAUUGUGUUGUACCGAAAAAACAUAAGGAAAUGUUGGCCACCGCUUGGGGUAACGAUAUACCCAUCAUAAUGGGCGGGAACUCAUUUGAAGGGCUGUUCUCCUAUCAAGUGGUAAAGAAGGACCCCUGGGCCUUGAAAAACUUCCACAACAUCCUCCCCAGGGAAGUGAGCGAAGCCAGCAGCCAGGAGGAGCGGGAUCUUCUUGUGCGUCGCCUCAAGAAGGUCUACUUCAACAACGAGCUUCAGGAAUCGAUGGACUUCUUCGAGGCUUUAAAUAUAUUUUCCCAUCGCCAAAUCUGGCACGAUCUGCACCGAUUGGUUCUCGCUCGUCAGACCUAUGCUGCUGGGAAGCCCACAUAUUUGUACCGCUUCGACUUUGAUUCACCGUAUUUCAACCAAUUCCGCGGAUUAGUGUGCGGUGAUCAAGUCCGGGGAGUGUCUCAUGCCGAUGAAUUAUCCUACCAGUUCUACAAUAUUAUUGCCUCCAAGCUGGAGAAGUCAUCAAUGGAGUACAAAACCAUUGAGAGGAUGGUGGGCAUGUGGACAUCAUUCGCCGCCAAUGGCGAUCCCAACUGUCCGGAAAUCAAGUCCACCACUUGGGAACCCAUUGGAGCAAAAGAAAAUGGCACGGAGAAGUGUUUCAAUAUAAGCCAUAAUUUAGAAAUGCGGGAAUUGCCAGAGUUUGAUUCGCUGACCGUGUGGGAUAGUUUUUACCCCAAAGGGACCCUUUUCUAGUCAUUACAUUUACAUAAACUCGUAGAUACUUAAUGCAUUACAGAAACCAAAGAGCGAAUAUUUUCUACAUAUAUUUAAGGUAAAUUUUUGCAUCUUUUAUAUCUUUGACUUGUACAAAAUUUAUAGUUUAAAAUAUAAACGCCUAGUAUAAUGUA